AUGGCACAUCUACAUUUAUUAUUAAUGGAGCACUUUUUAGAUUCUCAAAUAUUUGAAAAGAGGCAGACUUAUACAGCAAUAAGUAGAUGUAGCAAUUGGAAUAAUGUUAAAAUUAAAUCUUUAAGUAAAGAGGCAUUCACUGUUGACAAAUCCAUGAUCAAGGAAUAUGAGAGAUUAGAAGCAAAAGUAUCUUAA